AAAAAAAGACUACAACAUAACCUCAUCCGUAUCAUUACACAAUUAUUUGAAUGAAAAUAGUCUGUGAACAAAUUUAGUGUAAUAACUAUGUUUUGUAUUGUGCAUUAUUAUUUGUUUGAUGUUAUAGAAAUAUUGAUAUAAUGUUUAGUAUGGUAACCGGAAUAUUAAUUUGUCAUGUUCAAGUAUACAUUCAAGAAUAUUUUCAUGUUAAAAUAGAAAAUUAUUGGUUUAGUUAUAAGGAUAACAUUUGAUUUUAACAACUUUGGACAUGGAGAAGUAUAUUGAAAAUAAACCUAGUACUAGUUAUUCUCAAAACGUACUACACAAUUUAAAAACAUAUUUUUUACAUGAUGAUUUUAAAUCCAAUCUUCAAAGGGAUGCUGUUUAUCAAAUAUUAAGAGGAACCAAUGAUGUGUUUGUCUCGAUGCCAACUGGUUCUGGAAAGUCCUUGUGCUUCCAGUUACCUGCCGUUAUGCAAGAGAACAAAGUUACAAUUGUAUUUUCUCCUUUACUAGCCCUAAUGAAGGAUCAAAUUGAUCAUCUAAAAAAGCUAAAAAUCCAUGCUGACACUAUUAAUUCUAAGACACCUGCUGCUCAACGUGAGAAAAUAAUAAAUGACCUCAAAUGUAAGAAAACAUCCUUAAAGCUUCUAUAUGUGACACCUGAACAAGCAGCAACCAAUACUUUUAAGGAUAUUCUGAGAAGCUUAUACAAAGUGAAAAAGGUAGCUUACAUUGUAGUGGAUGAAGCACAUUGUGUCAGUCAAUGGGGUCAUGAUUUCCGCCCAGACUACCUCAAGCUGGGAACUCUACGACAACAGUACUCUGACGUCCCGUGUGUGGCACUCACUGCGACUGCCAGUGCUGUGGUAGUGGAGGACAUAAUCAAUCAAUUGAAGUUAAAAAAUCUUAGAAAAUUUAAGACACCGUGUUUUCGUUCUAAUUUAUACUACGACAUAAUUUAUCAAGACUCUCUUGAACAUUCCUAUUCUCAUUUAAAACAAUUUGUUGUGAAACAUUUGCCAGCGGAAGAGGAGCUAAGUCCUAUGAACCGAGCCUGUGGAAUAAUAUAUUGUCGUACCCGAGAUCUGACUGAAGAAGUCGCUCAAGUGUUAUCUAAAACCGGUGUUCCUACUGUGGCAUAUCAUGCAGGUCUUCGAGAAAAACUAAGAGUUGAAGUACAAAAUCAGUGGUGUGAAGGAAAGUACAGAGUCAUAGCUGCAACAAUCAGUUUUGGAAUGGGUGUUGAUAAGGCAACAGUAAGAUUUGUGGUCCAUUGGGGCAUUGCAAGCAGUAUUCCUGCAUAUUAUCAAGAGAGUGGAAGAGCAGGCCGAGAUGGUAAACCUGCGUUUUGCAGGAUAUACCAUGCACGUAAUGCUAAAUCUUCGUAUGAAUUUAUUUUAAGAAGUGAAGUUUUCAAAGCAAAAACCAAAGAGAAAAAGGAAAAAGCUGAAGAGUCUUGCAAAUCUUUCCAAAAAAUGGUGAAGUUCUGUGAAUCUGUUGAAUGCCGUCAUGCCAUGUUCGCCACUUAUUUUGGUGAUGAGAAGCCCAAAUGUAAAAAGCAGUGUGAUGUCUGUAGCAAUAAGGAAGCAGUUGAAGAAAGUCUCGGUUCAUUCUGUGUGGGAGGAGGUCUACCUCGGAGUUCACGUACCAGUUUGGUGACCCAAGAACAGUGGAAUAGUGGCUACAAUGACCUCUAUGGUUCUGGUCGCAAAGGCAUGUCUGAGGAUUUUGAAUCAUAUAAUGAAGAAGGUAGCUGCCGUAGUCCAAACUCCGAUAGAAAUCCUAAACUCACAGGCAUGAUAAAGAAACAGUUAUCACUCAGACGAGCAAGUCAACAUUCAGAUGAUGACGACGAUGACAGUUAUAAAGUGAAAGCAAACUUAUCAAAAGUGAGAGCUGCAGAAAGUACAAAAAUAAAAGUGAAUGGGCUUACAAUAAGUGCCAGAGAAGGAUAUGUAAAAUUUCUCCAGGAACUAUUACAGAAGAAUCUUGACCAGUGUAGUAUUGUCGAUCCUCCUGAUAAUGCACUCAACAGUUCGGAUGUGGAACAAGCUGCAUUAGAUUUGGAGUAUCAGGCUUUCACAGCUAACAAAGCAAUGUCAUUAUAUCGCAGAGCAAUAGCUAAACUGUCUGCUGAUGUGAAAAAUGCCACAAAGCAAAUGUCACUUUACAUAUUGCUGAAAUCUUACGAGUCUCAUAACUCAAGGAAUAGCAAUAGCAUAUCAAGUGUACAAGAAGAGAAACUCUCAACUGCCAAGAGUAAAAACCCAUUUGUCUCCGCUUCUACACUCAUUGGUAUGAGUAAAACUCUCGAAGAGAAUAAGAGAGUGAGUAAGAAAAAUAAAUCAGAAGAAAAAAGUAAAGGUCAGACAUCUGUUUCGUCUUAUUUCAAAAACUCUAGUGAGAAAGCUAAGUUUAAAAAUUCCAGUCCAACUUCAGAAAUCGUUGAAAUACCAUCAGAUGAUGAAGAUGAAGAUCAUAACCUCGAAGAGAAGAAUCAACAUAAAGAAUAUGAAGAACUCCUUAAAUUUAGUAAUAAUAGUGACAGGAAUAUAAAAACAUCAAAGUGUUAUUCUGAGAAUGAGUCAGAUAGCUGUAAAACUGGUGCUUCUUUGGCACAUGACUUGCAGCAGGCAGAUGUUGAAGCGUUGACUGAUAUUCAGUCAAAACUCACUCGAGAAACAACAGAAGAAUCAGAAAAGGCCGGGUUAUUCUUCAAUGUUGAUGACUUAUUUGAAGAAAGUCCUAAAGAUGAGUUGAUUAAUGAUAAGAAUGUUAAUGUAGUUUUAUCAGAUGAUGCUCAGCACUGCAACCAAAAAAGUAACCCCUUAAAACAUCAGUGUAAAGAAAUUGAUCCUAGUAAAAACAAAGGUAAAGAGACAAAUAUACACAAUUCUAAUUAUUUUCAAUCUGAGAAAAAUAAUUUAACUCCUAAUCAUAAACACAGGAAAAGAAAGAUGUUUGAAAACAGUUUUGGAGACUCAGAAAGUAUUGUAAGUGAUAUAAUUACAUGUAAAAAGUUUAAAUCCCCAAUUGACAAGCCGUCUGAAGUGCACAUUGAAAAAAACAUAGAAUGUAAAAAAGUUGUGAGAGAAAUGAAAAAAUCUCCUCAAAUGAAAAAUAAAAGUGACAUCAAUAAAAUUAUAUCAAGAACAAAAUCCUUAGACAAUGGAGACAAUAAUUAUAAAUUGAGACUUCAAAAGAAUGAAGAGUCUCCUGUAAAAAAUAAAAAUCUAGAAUCCAAAAAUUCGCCCAGUAAAAAGGAGAAAGAAAAAGUGUCUGACACUGUAAUUAAGUUCCUCAUGCCAUUUUACAAACAAAAAAGGAUUGCAGAUAAAGAUUUAUUUAAAUAUUUAGCAAGAACACUGGUCCACAAAGUGAUUUCUGAACAACUUUUAUCAGAUGGUGAUGAAAUUAAAAAUCUAAUUAAGAGAAUAUUUAAAGAGGAACCCAUACUAGAAGACAAAGCCCAAGUAGAUCAAAUUAUUUUACUGGCAGAAAUAUAACCCUAAGAAGAUACAUCAAUGAAACUCAUCUUUUCUUCUGGAGAAGAAAUGUUUUAUUUCAAGGCUAACCAGGACACCAGAGCCUGUUCCAGGUAAUAGUACUUGGACUUUUUUUCCUAAUCUACUCUCACAUUUAUCUCUAAGAAUAAUGUUUGUCAUAAUGAUAAGAACAUUUCAUUUACUGGUCAGUAAUUUUAAAACUUUAAAUAAUUGUAAUCUGAUUUACUGGUUAACUUUAUUAAUUAUUGCAUAAAUGAAUGUAUAAAAAUGUAUUUUAAGAUCAUGUUAUAUUUUUUAUGACUUACAUUAUUAUUUCUUUUAUACAUUUUAAAUGUGAAAAAGUUUUAUAGUGAAAUGAAAAGUAUUACUGUUAUUUUUUUAGAUCAUGCUUCUCUGAGUUUUGUUUAUAUUUAUAGAAUUUACAUUGGUUUCCCCUAUUUUUAGAAUAACUUGCAUUAACCAAAUCUGCCUGAAAAUGUGCCUUUGUGUAUAUUAUUUUGUAAAUAAAAUAUUGUAUUAAAUUGUAUUUUAGUAUUGCUGUAAUUUGCUUAUUUUAACAUAAAAUUAGUUUGAAAUGGGCUGAUCCCAAAUUCUCAUCAGCCACGAAUUUGGAAUAAGUUGUUAGUUAAUUUUAAAUGUCAACAUUUAAUAAGGAUGUGUAAGAAAAGAUGUUUUUUUAUUGCUAAGGAAAAGUUGUAAUACCAGAUUUGGCUGCACUGGUAUGUAGGAGAGAGCGUUGUAGGAGUGAAACAAUAAAGGUCUAAUGAUACUUCAUCAACUCAGUGUUCUGUACAUAUCAGUACAAUUGCAGUGUUCUGAUAAAACACUUGCCUUGUGAAAAGUGCAGGUUUCAAAUUCUAUGAAGGUUAUUUGAGAAUGUGGUAAAGGAGUUUAUCAAUUUAAAAGGGACAAACAAUCAUUCAAAAGUUACGAGAAAGCAUGGGAAUCCGGAAAUCCAGGUGUGUCAUUUUACUGGGGAAAUUUAAGAAUAGAAAAGAAGAAAACUUUAUGAGCUAGUCAUUUGUCUAAUUAUACAAUUUACAGAGGUCAACAAACUGCAGAUAUAACAAAACUGUUCUAACUUCGGAAUGUUUAGAUUGCCAAAAACUUAGUUCUCAAUGAGAGUAGAAUAUUCUCUCUGCUGAAAACAAAACAACUACAUUGAAUUUGGAUGAGCUUUGCUUGAGUGAUUUGAGAACAAACACUGUUCUUAAUUUAUUUAACAGUUAUAGUUAUGUACUGUCAAAUACAAUUCAGUCUUAAUCUCAAAGCUAGUUAUUGACGCAGUAAUUGGGUGGAAAUUUUCCUCUGACGUUGAUAUUUACUACAUGGUUAUAUACUAAGUGAUCUUCACUACUCUCAAUGUGACUGCACCGUAAGGCUUUGCCACAGUCAACGUCUUAAUUAAGAUAUAAAAAAGUAUAUGAAAUAACCUAACAUCAUACUGUAUUUAUUAAAGUGCACCCAUUCUUAAUUUAUAUAUUAAUUUAUUAUCUACUCCAUUUAUACUUUUCCACAUAUCUGUGGAUAUUUUGUAAUAGUUACAGAUAAUUUAAUGACAUCUUUUGUUUAUUUUCUAUAUCAUAACGGAAUACAAUAAUGUUAAUGCAAGUUGAGAGCAUAAGCCAGGUAAAGUAAAAGUUGAAUAACCCAAAACUUACUAUAAAUCGUGUAUUUUUUUAACAAGAAACAUAUUAUUCAGGAAAAAAGUCUACAUUAUUACCAGAUCAUCACAAAUAUCACUUAUUUGUUCACUUCAGUGAUUGUCAUAAAAAAUAAAGUAUGCAUUUUUCUGAUGAUAUUUACCAACAGGAACUAAGUAUGUCAAACAUAAAUGAUUACUUAGUAUAGAUAAUGUACUGAAACACUAGUGUAAUAUUAUAGAUUCCUGUUACAUGUAUAAACAUUAAAAAAAUUGAUUGCUGCAGAUUCCUUACUGCGCAGAAUCAGAUUGAGAGUAGUUGGUUUCACUCAGCUCAGAGCUGCAGUGAAGGCAUUAACUACAUGUUUUUAUAGUUAGACAGUUAUUACACAGAAGUUUUAGAAGUUUUUUUCACAGUGAGACUAGUCGGUUUAACACAGUGUAGAGCCGCAGUGAAGAUGUUAAUUCCUUACUUGUUUAGCUGUAAUUCUAAUUUGUACAAAUGUUACUCCUAAUUCUAGCCUAAUACACAGAGAGAUAAGAAUACAGGGUUAAAUAAUUAAGGGUGUACUGUAUGGUAACAAUUAUUGGUCAUAAUUAUUAUUCCGUUAUAGUCUAACCAUUGGACUUUAAUCCUGUUAGUAAAAUAUUAUCUAAAAAGCUUUUUUACUAGCACUGAACAUUUGGUAAUAGCCUCUUAUUGUGUUUUUUAAUCCAAAUCACAGGCUUGCUGCCAAUGAGAAUGCACUGGAUAAGGCAAAAAGAGGACUGAUUUUUCUGUAAAAAUGAGGAAAUGGGUCAAAAACUAGGUCGAAUUAGUGUAUAAAGGAGAAAUAUGACUUCCAUUACCAAGUCUGGAUCUGUUUAAUAUAAUAGUUAUAUAUUUUUAAUACUGCUUUUUGUGGUAAUUAAUCAUAUAAAUUAUAAUAUUAAUUAUAUUAUCAAAUAUUAAUUUAUUGAUAGUUGGAAUGUUGUUAUAAGUAAAUAUGUAAAAUAUAGUACUUAUGUGAAUACAAGUGUAUUGUGUAUUGUUGUUUUGUUACUUUUGUUUGAAUUUGGAAAUAAAAUGGUACAAAUUGA